UUGCAGCCAGAGCUAGUACGGCAGGCAUCGCACACGCCGUCUUCACUGUGGGCGGCAGCAGCAACAGAGAACGUUAGGUAGAUGAAUUUUGUUGCUAGAGGUGGACGGGCCCGCUCCCACCAGGCGUUCUUUGGGACCCAACCUCGGCUGCCUUCGGGGUGUGGCAAUUCUCCUGCGAUGGCAGCAUCAGCAGCACGGACAACGUCUGCAGCCGUAGCAAAUGGGCAGCGCUCUCUUGCGCGAUCCCCGACAAUUCUCCUUGGAAGAAGUAGUGUAAAGCAGUCAUGCAGCAGCUGGGCACGCUCUAGAGCACCAUCACCUCGGGGCUUCGCGAAAGCUGGGAGGCUGCCCCCGUCGCUUCAGCGCGGAUCGCGCAUCGUGCCUCCGUGUGCAUCAUGGGCAAACAAGGGUGGCCGUUGUGUUGGUGCAGGCAACCGGGCGCUGUCUUCCUUCCUCCCUCGAGGAGGGCGUUAUUCGGACUCUAUGGUCAUCUACGGCGUGGUUGGGCUGAACGUGGCCGGAACGGUUGCGAUGUACCUCUACGAGAGUCAGGGCACGGGCGGUCCUUUCCUCUUUGGUAACUUCAUGGUGUCGACCUACACCACGCUGAUGCAGGGGAGGCUACACACCCUGUUCACAUCCAACUUCAGCCACAGCAAUCUCUGGAACGGCGCCAUCUUCUCCUACAUGAUGUACACGCUGGGGCCGACGGCAAUCCAGCACCUGGGCAGGCGGCAGUUCCUGGCGCUCUACCUCUUGGGCGGGGCUUUCUCUCAGCUUUGCCAAGUGGCAGGGCCGGGUAUCGCCAGCCGGCUGGGCCUCCCCUCCGUCCUCCAGGUCGAUCCGUACUACUUCAGUUCAGGGGGCUCCGGGGCGACGCUCGCCGUCCUGGCAUGGUACUGCGCGAGCUUCCCCAGCAGCCAAAUCAUUCUGCUGGUGGUACCUGUGCAGACGGGCGUUGCCGGAGCGCUAUACCUGGGGGCUACGCUGUAUCAGGUGGUGUCGAACGGGGCGGGGGUGCCAUUCCUAGGGGGACCCACGCAGGAGAUUUGGAGAACACUGGGAGCGGCCGCAGCGGGAGUGAUGGUGGCGUUAGCGUCGCGGGGGCGGGGCGGCGGGCGAUACAAGUUCAUCCAGAGAUAUUAGAGGGGGGGGGGAAGCAGUGUUUCGUCAUUGAAUGUUUGCGUUUGGCGAUUGUGUGUGUAGGCAGAGUUUCCUGGUGUGGGCUCCGGCAAGUUUACGUCUUUGAGCGAAUAGUCGGGGGGGUUUCUGUUGUCGCGCUUUGCCGCGUGCACUGCUGGGAGGAAUGAUGGCCGCAGUGUUGUAUCCGCGCGCGCAGCAGCUACAUUUUGGACAAACGAGGGGGUCUGAUAUGCUACGAGCGGCGGUGUAUGGAUGGGGGGGCUGGCAGGUUCAGCACAGCCUAAGCAUGUGGCAUUUUUCUUUACGAGCCAGUGGCUGCCCAUGUCGAAUCUGUGUUGCAAUUGUAUGUCUUGGAUGACUCUACAUGAGAUAUAUGAUAUUGUGGUGUUUAUGUUAAGAGCCAACGGAGGACUUCUAAAAUACUUCCCAGAAUU